GUUGUCUUGUUUUUGAGAUUGGGCUGUUGCACAAUUUUGUGCUGUUGUAAACUGUUGUGUUUCGAAACCGUUGCGGCAGGGCAAGUCAACGUCCUCAACGUCGCCGCUCUCACGUCGCAUCUCACAUCAAGCAGCAGCAGCAGCAGCAGGCAUCAUGGAGGAGCUGCCGACCUAUGAGCUGGAGGCACAGUUCUUCGGGUUCCUGCCAACAACAGUGAUUGAUCUCGUGAUCAACGCUGUGAACGACUAUGUGUUGCUUUCUGCGGAUUCAUUGAAGACGUUCUUGCUGGAGAGCAGCAGCAGCCCUUUCCGAGAAGAACCAGAUCACGUGUGGAAGGCUGUCACUGCUGUUGUGAACUUUGUGCAGGAUGCAGUGGACAAAUACUUUGACAAGUUUGAGCUGUACUGCUUCCGCAACGUGUUCAAGAUUCCAGAGGCGCUGCCUGUGCCCGGAGAUAUCCCUGCAGGCCAGCGCGCACCACAGCCCUCAGGAGAAAACAGCCUUCAAACCAUCAUCACAGACAUUAACACGGAGCUUGACAGGCACGCCAAAUUGCGAGCAGAGCUUCGACGACUGAAGCGCGAAGCCAAGACCAACUCCUUGCGGCCCAUCGAAAACGGCAUCAAGCAGACGUGGUCAUCGCAUGGAGGCAACCUGCUUCAAGAUCACAUUGUGUAUCUCUGGGAACAGGUUGACGGCGUCAAGGCUGAGGCACAGCGCGUGUUCACGCUGUUGCAUGAGCAGCAGAGGUUGCAGGCAAAGCGCACGGCGCAGCAAGGACAACCCAAACAACAGCAGGCAACAGCGGUCGAAAGUACACCAGGCACCCUGUCACCGAAACGACCCAAAACCUCCCGCCCCAUCCUCCCAGACGAGGUGCUGGAUUCGAUGUGAAGUUGUUACGAUUUGUCAUGGACACUGUUACAAAAUUUCUGCACAAUUCGAUAUUUUCUGUGAUUGACAUUUUAAUGAAAGAUAGACACCGAUUUUCUUAUUCGUCAGUGGGCGUGUUGCGUAUUUGGCAGUGGUUUUGUUGUGUGGGGGCUUUUCGUGGUUGUUUUUCGUUGUUUCGUCGUG